CCAUAUAAAUAGGGGAAGGAAGGUGAGAGGUGAACAGGCCCGGUCAAAGCAGUAGGAGAAACGCUAUAAAAUCGCUGCUGAUUUCGGCUAUCCACACCAGUCUCCUCCUUGAUACAAGAAGAGCAGCCGCACCUAUCAUCAACAUGAAAACAAUCAUCGUUCUCUGCGCUCUCGUAGCCAUCGCCGUUGCGGCUCCUCCUUACGAUCAGACAGUAGUCGUGAAGGAAACUCCGUCGGACAACAUUGGUCUUGAUGGAUAUCAGUUCGGUUAUGAGCUUUCCGAUGGCCAUGUCCAUCAUGAAUCCGCCCAACUGGUGAAUGCCGGUCAGGAGAAUCAGAGCCUCGCCGUCCGCGGUAGCUUCUCCUAUGUCGACCCGGCCACUAAUGUUAGGUACACCGUCAACUAUGUCGCCGACGAAAAUGGAUUCCGCCCAGAGGGAGAGCAUCUGCCUUCCGCUUAGAUUAAUUGAAAACUGAUUGUAAAUAAUACGCUUCGCACGUGUACAAGAAUUUAGUCAUCCAAGACGGUCAUUGUUUGAAAAAAAAUUUCGAUUUCUACGAUUUGAUACCGUAGCAAUUCGAUUUCAUUUUUAUACAAUAAUUAGGCCUAUUUCAAAUAAGAAUUUUAUUAAAAAU